AUGCCGCAGGAACGCGAAGCACGGACGGAGACCGACUUGGCAAGCGUAGCAGAUGAAGGCGAGGAGGGUGUAGAAGAUCCACAGCUGCCAAGUCAGGUCGAACAGGCAGAGGAGCACUGGAGGAAGGCGGCUGAUGAAAAGCGGAUGGUCGAAGCAGAAGCCAAGAGUAGACGGGCUGAAGAGAUGCAGCGGCGCAGUGAUGGCGGCACCGAUCCUACCGUCUCUUUCCCGGGAACUGGAGACAUACGUGAAGCAUGGGAGCGUGGGGCACGAGCCGCUGCAAGGGCACACGUGGGAGAGGCAGGAGAGGAGCUCGCCAGCAAUGUGCGGCAGCAUAUCGAGGAGGAUAGGGGAUACGUGAAAGUUCGCUUGCCCAGCCUAAAGCGGAAGGCGGCAGAAGAGGCCCGGAGAGGGGACGUCGACGUGCCAGAGAAUUCGGGAGAGGCGAAAAAGAAGGAGGAGAGCAACGCGGAGGACGGGGCGCCAAAGGAAGCAGAGUCUGCGGCGCAGCAGAAGGUGGGUGCAGAGGCGGUCAAGGGUGCGGAGGCAGUCGCGCGUAAAGAAGCGGGUGCAGCAGCAGAGCUGACGUCGGAGGCAGUCGAGCUGAUGGUUGUGGAGGCAGUGGCGCAGAAGGAAUCAGAGGCAAUGGCGAGCCAGAAGGAUGAGGCAGCGGCGCAGCAGAAUGAUGAGGCAGACGCACAUAAGGAAUCAGCGGCAGCAGCGCAGCAGAAGGAUGAGGGUGCGGCGCCCAGGAUGGUUGAGGCAGAGGCGCAGAAGGAAUCAGAGGCAGCGGCGCAGCAGAAGGAGGAGGGUGCGGCGCCGAAGAUGGUUGAGGCAGAGGCGCAGAAGGCAUCAGAGGCAGCGGCGCUGCAGAAGGAGGAGGGUGCGGCGCCGAAGAUGGUAGAGGCAGAGGCGCAGAAGGCAUCAGAGGCAGCGGCGCUGCAGAAGGAGGAGGGUGCGGCGCCGAAGAUGGUAGAGGCAGAGGCGCAGAAGGCAUCAGAGGCAGCGGCGCUGCAGAAGGAGGAGGGUGCGGCGCCGAAGAUGGUUGAGGCAGAGGCGCAGAAGGCAUCAGAGGCAGCGGCGCUGCAGAAGGAGGAGGGUGCGGCGUCGAACAUGGUUGAGGCAGAGGCGCAGAAGGAAUCAGAGGCAGCGGCGAGGGAGAAGGAUAAGGCAGCGGCGCUGCAUAUGGAGGAGGCAGACGCACAUAAGGAAGGAGAGGCUCGGAAUAAGGCAGAAGCAGCGGCGCGGCAGAAGGCGGAGGCAGAGGAGCAGAAACAGGCUGCGGAAGAGGCACUACAACUGGCUCGGGCUGAAGCGCGGAAGAAGGCUGUUGUAGAGGCGCAGAAGAAGGCGGAGGGUGUUGCGCAGAAGAUGUCAGAGGCCGAGGAGCAGAAGCAAGCUGAGGCAGACGCACGAAGGAAGCCAGAUGGAGAGGACGGUUCAGAUGGGAAUAAAAUGGUACAGACAGAGGGACGGGAGACGGCGGGUGCUGAGGGGCACAUCAUCGCAGAGGAAGAGGGGCAGCAUAACGAGGAGGCAGCGUCGCAGGUAUUCGCAUACCGAGAGACGCAGAGCAUGGCAGAGACAGGGCGUCAAAAUACUAUGGAGGAGGUUCGUGUCGUCCCGGAGGCUGGAGUGGGGCACUACGAGGGAGAUGCGCUGGAAACAGAAGAGGAGCAGAAUGAGGAGGAUACGGUACAUCCGGCAGUACGGAUAUUUUUGGGAGGAAGUCCGACGCGGGGACCAGGAACCGGGGUAGAGGGGCCAUGGAGGGUGGCAGACGAUGGGGCGCCUAGGGAUACAGUGGGUCUCAACAGGCAGAGGCGGCCCACCCUUCACCAGAGAGCAGUGGAGAGGAAUCUCGGCCAAGGCGGGGUGGCAGAAGCGUUUUGGCAGGUAGAGUGGGUCGAGGCAGAGACGGCAAUACGGCGGAUGCUGCAUCGGACGAGUACAGUCCUGGUCGAACAAGGUGACAGGUUCGUCGAGGCCGAAAGCUGGGACAUAAGCCCGGCAGAGGUAACGCGUCGUCUGACGCUCUUAGCCCGAAUGGUGACGCAGACGUUCUGCAACUUGGCGGCCCGCAACAGCAGCAUCAGUCGCGACGUGGCCGAUCUGACCGUCCAUUACUGUCGCGACGCCCUGGCCAACCUGGAAGAAGUCCGCCAUGGAAACGAGGAACGGCGGCGCCAAGCUGAAACGGCGGCCAGGUUUCGCGAGGAGGUGGACACGAGACUCUCCAACUUGCAGGAGAGUAUCGUAAGGGUGAGUGAUCAGGUUCGCCAGUCGGGAGGGGGGAUGGCGGAGGGCACGUUAAAGGGGGUGGAAGAGAGGUUGAGAGAGGUUCUGAGAGAAGAGUCUGAGCGGCGGAACAGGGAUAGACUGCAGGACGAGGAGCGGAGGCAGAAGGCCAUGAGGAAGGAAGCAGACGCCGCAGAGAGACGGAAGAAGGAACAACAGCAGGAGGAAGCGCGUCGGCAGAAGGAGAUGAGAGAGGGAAUGAAGGAGAUGAAGGAGGCGAUGAUGAAGGAGAUGAAGGCAGAAAUGAAGGAGAUGAAGGAUGGGAUGGUAAACCAGAUUGUGGGGAGGUUGAGCGCGGUUUUGCGAGAAGAAUCCGAGCGGCAGAAGAAGGAGAGGCAAGUGGACGCGGAGCGGCGACAACAGCAGGACGCGAAGAGGAAACAAGUGGCGGACGACGAGGAGAGACGCAAGAGGAUACAACUGGACGAGCAAUGGCGGAAGGAGGAGGAGGUGAAGAGGAAGGACGUAGAGGCCACAGAGCGGCGGAGGAAGAACAAACAUCAGGAGGAAGAGCGACGGCAGAAGGAGGUGGAGGCGGGAAUGAAGGAAGUGAUGGAGGCUGUGAAGGAGAUGAAGACGGGGAUUACGGGGUGGAAGGAGGGGAUGAUAAGUGAGGUGGAAAAGCGGCUGUCAAUGGUUCUGAGAUUGGACGCAGAGCGGCGGCAAAAGGAGGAGCAGGGUAGGAAGGCAACGGAGGGAGAUCGGCGACAGAAGGAGGAUGCGCAGAGGAAGGAGGCAGAGGAAGCAGAGCGGGUGGAGAGGGAGAAACAGCAAGAGAUGGCGCUCCUGCAGAAGGAGGAGGCGCAGCGGAAAGAUGCAGAGGAGGCCGAGAGGCAGGAGAGGGAGAAACAGCAGGAGAUGGCGCGCCUGCAGGAGGAGGACAGGCAGAGGAAGGAGGCAGAGGAGGUAGAGCGGCGUCAGAGGGCGAAACAGCAGGAAUUGGACCGCCUGCAGAAGGAGGAGACGCAGAAGAAGGAGGCAGAGGAGGCCGAGCGGCAGCAGCGGGCGAAACAGCAGGAGAUGGAGCGCCUGCAGAAGGAGGAAGCGCAGAAGAAGGAGGUAGAGGAGGCCGAGCGGCAGCAGAGGGCGAAACAGCAGGAGAUGGAGCGCCUGCAGAAGGAGGAAGCGCAGAAGAAGGAGGCAGAGGAGGCCGAGCGGCAGCAGAGAGCGAAACAGCAGGAGAUGGAGCGCCUGCAGAAGGAGGAAGCGCAGAAGAAGGAGGCAGAGGAGGCCGAGCGGCAGCAGAGGGCGAAACAGCAGGAGAUGGAGCGCCUGCAGAAGGAGGAAGCGCAGAAGGAGGCAGAGGAGGCGGAGCGGCAGCAGAGGGCGAAACAGCAGGAGAUGGAGCGCCUGCAGAAGGAGGAAGCGCAGAAGAAGGAGGCAGAGGAGGCGGAGCGGCAGCAGAGGGCGAAACAGCAGGAGAUGGAGCGCCUGCAGAAGGCGGAGCAAUGCCGAGCAGAGAAGAGGGCCAGACUUGCAUCCUACGCGGAACAGCAGCGGCAACUGGAGGCAAAGGCAAAGGCGAUGGCUGAAGAGACGGAACGAUUGGCAAGGGAGAUGGAAGAGGAGGAUUUGACCAUGCAGGGGGAGGGGACCUGGACAGGAGUCGAGGAGGAUUUGACCAUGCAGGGGGAGGGGACCUGGACAGGAGUCGAGGAGGAAAUAGUUGAGGGGUUGGGGACUUUGCUGUUGAUUGAGAGCGGGGAGGCGAAUGUAGCAGAGGGCGUGCCUAGUGUUCCUGUACGGAAUGUAGAGGUGUUCAGGAGGCGGCCUAGACAAGAGGACAGGGAGCCGGAGGGUCAUGCGGCUAAGAGACGGCGUGCAGCUGGAAUACAGGAGUUGAUACCCAUAAUCCAAGGGGAAAAGAAAGGGAUGAAGAUCGACAAGUGUGACAACAGGAAAAACGCCGUAGUGGACGACAAGGGUAAGACUUUGGGUGUCUGCCUGCCGUUCAGGGGAAGCGGGUUCUCUCAACGGGGCGAGGGAGCUUUGCAGAAGUGGACGUCUGAGCAGACCGUCGGCGGCCGGAAGCGGAACCUCGGCUCUCACAAAACGGUGUGGGAGAGGGCAUACACGGUCGCAGUCUGCUGGAAGUUCUACUUCCCGGAUAUUGACAUGCAGGCAUACGGCAUGAAUCCAAACCGUAUAAACAAGUGGCGGGAAGACCUCGACUUCACAACGUGGCUUCCAACAGGGGUGUGGAGCGUCAUCAACGAACUCCACCUGGACAAACCGGACGGAUUCUCACUCGUUCAAACCAACACGGCUCUUCGGCAGCAGCAGGGGGAUGGCUUUCAGGUAGCUGCCUGCGCUGGUGUCGGAAUAACUGCGUGGCAGAAGAUGGUGGGAGGCGUGGAGGGUGAAAACGGCUAUUCGACGGAAGAACACGCAAUCGGACUUGCCGCCACAUUGUCUGUAAUGUGGGCCGCAUCCACGAAUGUGGACCAGACCCAGUGGGAGACGGGCGCAACAACAGCUGCACGUGGAACUUCUACGGCCAUAGCAUCUUCUGCUGCCAGAUCGUCCACUGCUGCCACCGCCUCGUCGGAUGCCUCGUCAUCUUCUGCGGCCGAUGUGCCCUCUGCCGUCCACAAUGCCCUUGCGACGCUUGCAGCCUCGGUUGCUUGCGUUGCGGUUGAGGCGAUGAGGUCGGUAAAGGAUCAGGAGCAUGACAAGGAAGCGUGGAUUCUGCCCCUGUCGGAUGCGCUGCUGAAAGCGCUUCCGGCAGAGUCGCGAGCGGCCGAGGAUGCGAAGCGGAUGACGAGGAUGGUGGCAAAGGUGGUGACCUCUUGGUGCCUAUGCAGCAUGGCAUCAAGAGGCCUUCGCCAGCACCAGGGCGUCUGGCUCGGAGUCCUGCAGAAGAAGUUAGGCGGCCGGGAUACCACAACAGGGGCGGAUAAGGAGAAGAAAACCAAGAAAUCGUCCGCGAAGGGGAACGCGACGAAGGAUGCGUCGACGGAGGAGAACACCGGCACUGGCGGCCAGGAUUGA